GACUUCCCACUUACUUCUUCUUUUCACACACGCGCCCUCUCUGUGGCAUAUGUCGUUGCAACACUCCAUAACACACAAACACACACACCCAAGAAUACGGAGAUAGCUUCCUCUUCUUUCAUUCUCCCCGUAUUCUCGGCUUUGAUGCAGUCAUCCUCUGUUUUCGCCAAGAUGACCUCUCUUUUUCCCUCGUGUCCCAACUCGUUGCACAACAGCACUGCACAGCGAGGACCGGCCAGACUGCAAUUAUGACACUGUUUGUUACAGUACUUACUUACCUUCCUUCUUACUAGGUGGGGUUCUUGUUCAGGUCAAGCUCGACAAGAGACAUUAUUGCGCCAAACAUCCAUCACCUCCCAUUCGCCCUCGCCAGUUUCUACACCGUCAGCAAUUUAUUGAUGACUUCGUUGACUGGCUACCUAGGUCCUUUCCUGACACAGCUAUCCUCCAGACCCUCGAUCACUGCUGCCCCUCAGGGCACCUCCUCUGGCUGACCGCCGACCCUCGCGUCCGGUUAUCCACCUCCUUCCUCCAUUUUACUUAUCAUUACUACGCACGAGACAGACCAUCGCACUGCAUGUUGCAUGAUCAGACUGUUGCCAAACAUACCACUCCUUGUCGCUUACCAACUCGACUUGGUUGAUCCUUGUAUAUCACCGAUCACUACCUUGAUUCCUACCUACCCUGUCUUACCUCCAUCGCUGGCGCAGCCUCCCAACCCCUCCCUCCUAUCAUGGUCAUCCGAAUACUUCCUUGCGAACUCCUUUUAUGAUCGUUAUUUCCAUUUUUGUUCCAAAACCAUCGUCUUUUCGAAUAGAAUCAUGGCUUCUCGUCGUCGAUCCCCCUCUUUUGGCCCUUUCGUUCCAUACCAGACCCUUCCUCGAAACGCAACUAGGUACCAUAGUCAAGUUUGAGAUUAGGAAAGAGGAGUAAAAAGUGCAUCAGUCGUCUUAUCCCAAGCUCAUCUACCGUUCCCAUCCUGGGUUGAAGUCUCGCAGCUCGAUGUAAUUUUCAGACCAGAAUAGAUUCUAUGGGACUCUUUCUGUAAUCAGAAAAUUGCGACAAGUGUUGACUUUAAGUACUAUUUGCAACGAUUUCUUUGCUAUACCUACUACAAUCAGCUCUGAAGACGGCCCAAGCGAACCCAACUCUCCAAAGCUCCCAGCUCUCAAAUCAAUAUCAUGUUGUGACAUGGGCAAUAAGUAACUCAUCAGUGGGUUUCCAAGCCGGGAACACAUCUUCUGCCCGAACCACACCGACUGCUAUCCUGUACUCUUCAGUUUCUUCGGCUUUUUUGACACCCUAGACCGACGGCCACCCCUGG